GGCUGUCGGUAGACUCGGUACACGUUCGGCUCGUUCGCUCUGGAUCUAAAUAAUCCUAAAUUCGCUUCCUCCAUUUAGAUCGCCAAUACACUAGACCUGUCAAGUCGUGCGCCUCGCUCGUGCAAGCGAUCCUUGCCCAACGCCCACUUGCUUUGGGUCGAUCCCGUACCGGACAGUGCGCCAUCUUUCUGCUUCUGAGCCCAAAUAUCUAGAUCUAGUAUUUUAGGGUUUGUGUACGGUUCUUCGACGCGUUCCGGGCGAGCCAACGCGGUCUGCUCUGGCGUCGACGACCAACUUCCUCGCUCAUCUCCAUCGCUACCACCCACAUCGAUAUUCCCAGUGCGCAAAAGCAGCAAUGCCAACCGAGAUCCCGCCGUCUCCCACAACGCCAACGAUCUCCAUCGAUGCGUCAUCCCCGCUUAUGUCGCCGAUCCCAAACAAGUCGCUGUUGUCGACGAAGGGCGUGGAGCGGCCGUUGGGGCAUAGCCGGGAUAACAGCGAGGAUUCGAUCAAUACGCGCAGUGGAGGUGGGACGGCGGCGUUUUUUGGUGCUAACCUGUCCGCCGCCGAGCGCGACAUCGAAAUCAAACGCAUAAUUUUCACCGCAAUCAAUAACGGCGACACGGCCGGGUUGCGUGAAUUUCUUGCAAUUUAUCCCGGGGCGACGGAAGUGUUACAGCUGCUGCUGACAACAACGUAUCCGAACACGGAUUUGUUCUAUCAGCUAGAUGAGGAGGUGUUGAAUGAUGCGGCCGAGUUGCUGGGGCCAAGCAUGACACAUCUGAACGCAAUCCAAAUCGCCUGCGUGCUCAGCGAGGAAGACAUCGCGCUCGACAUCCUCGAUUUCGUCGCGCGCGUCACCGAGGAGAUCGAGUCCCGCAAAGUCCUCUACGAGUUCAUGGGCCGGGUGUGGGGCAACGGUAACACGGUCGUGCAUCUCGCCUCGUUUCAAGGGAUGAGUGAGCUGGUGAAGAGAUUGUUGCAGUUGGGCGCUGCGAGUCGGAAACGAAAUGAUAGGGGAUACAGGCCGGUGGAUUGUGCUGAUGAUCAGGUCACGACGCUGAUGUUUAGUACUGUGAAUGAAGCCGACGCAGAUCGAAGUCCACCAUCAAUCAGCUCCCAUUCCUCCCUUCUCUCGCCCCAAAACUCCAACGUCGCACUCUCGCCAAUAUUGGAAACAUCGCCGGCGCAAGCGCAUUAUGGCAGCAUCACAGAGUUUUUGCAAUCGAGACCACGCGGAUCAGAACGGCAGACGAGUUUGCCUACACUAUUUCCGGACGCUAGCACGCAGGAAAGUCUGGCUGCAGCAAGCGGGGGUGAUUAUAAGCCGCCAGCGGUCAAAAGACAGAAGAGCUUGUCGGUGGACGGGGGAAAACUGGGUCCUCAGGUGAGUUUAGGCGUUUCCUGGACCGGUAAUAUAUGGUACAUCGCAUAAUUGACA